AUGUUUCGUGCUAUACCCAAACGUCUCCCUCGCCAACUUUCACUUGUAACUACGCCUCGUCUAACCCUUCGCUCAUUCACAUGCGCUUAUCCUCGGAUGUCAUCAUCGCCCGUACAGCCUCCAGUGUCAACCACACUUGCCUCCGACGCUUACCAGUUGCUUUCAACAGAGAACAAAGCCGGUGCAACCGAGGAUGCAUUAUUCGAACAACAAAUACGUGAUGUGCAAGCAUGGUGGAGCUCUCCGCGAUAUGAAGGCAUCAGGCGGCCAUAUUCAGCCGAGGAUGUUGUGAGCAAGCGUGGCUCGUUGCAGCAGAUAUACCCUAGCUCGCUCAUGGCACGGAAACUUUUUAAUCUGCUCAAGGUGCGAGCGGCAGCAGGCGAGCCUGUGCAUACUAUGGGUGCCAUUGACCCUGUACAAAUGACACAGCAAGCAGCGAGCCAAGAGGUCCUGUACAUCUCUGGCUGGGCGUGCUCGUCACUUCUGACUACUACUAAUGAGGUCUCGCCGGACUUUGGCGAUUAUCCGUAUAACACAGUACCAAAUCAGGUCCAGCGAAUGUUCAAGGCACAGUCUAUGCACGAUCGCAAGCAGUGGGAUUCUAGGCGAAAAAUGACCCCCGAAGAGCGCAAGUCCACCCCUUAUAUUGACUACUUGCGCCCGAUAAUUGCUGAUGGUGACACUGGACAUGGCGGCUUGUCAGCCGUACUCAAAUUAUCAAAGCUAUUUGCUGAAAAUGGCGCUGCGGCCGUGCACUUUGAGGAUCAAUUACACGGUGGAAAGAAGUGUGGACAUCUGGCAGGAAAAGUCAUUGUUCCAAUGAGCGAACAUAUCAACCGCCUCGUGGCUGCGCGGUUCCAAUGGGACAUGAUGGGGUGCGAGAACCUGGUCAUUGCUCGAACUGAUUCAGAGAGUGGCAAACUAAUUAGCAGCGCCAUCGAUGUACGAGACCACGAGUUCAUUCUCGGUGUCGCAGAGGACGUGGAACCGCUGGCGGAAACUCUGCAGGCGAUUGAGCGUGAAGGCGCAUCGCCGGCUGAAAUUGACGCAUUCGAAAUGGAUUGGGUGAAGAGACAUAAGCUGGUCACUUUUGACGAAGCUGUCGACGCCCACCUUGAAGCCGAGGACGCCACUCAACAGAUCCGAGAUGCGUACAAGUCUUAUGUUAAGAAGAACCCCGAUCUUUCUUUCUCGCGCCGUCGAGCCCGUGCAAGUGACUAUACCAAAACACCCGUCGUCUGGUCAUGCGAUAGUCCCCGCACCCGCGAGGGAUUCUAUCAUUACCGCGCCGGGUUCCCAGCUGCGACCAAACGCGCUAAAGCCUUCGCCCCAUAUGCAGAUCUUCUUUGGGUCGAGACUGGUGACCCCAAUGUAGAAAAGGCCGGUGCAUUGGCAGAUGAAGUUCGAGCGUCGUUCCCGGACAAGAUGCUAGUUUACAACCUCAGUCCAUCAUUUAACUGGAUGGGUCAUGGAUUUGACGAGGCUUCCCUCAAGUCAUUUAUUUGGGAUAUUGCGAAGAAAGGCUUUGUCCUACAAUUGAUUUCCUUGGCUGGUCUUCACAGUAACGCUACCAUCACGACUGAGCUUUCUCGUGCUUUCAAAGACGAGGGCAUGCUUGCUUAUGUGCGAUUGGUUCAGUCUCGCGAGAAGGAGAUGGGCGUUGAGGUUCUUACUCACCAGAAAUGGAGUGGUGCACCGUAUAUGGAUGGUAUUCUGGGUGCUAUCCAGAGCGGAAGCAGCAGCAGCAAGAGUAUGGGUGAAGGUAAUACAGAGAAAGGUUUCUAA